AUGCUGACGCGCCGCUUGCUCUCCGUGAUGCUGUCCCUGUUCGGAUACGUUCACGCCGGUCCGGUUCUGCUCACCUCCAACUCCAUUAAAAACUUCGAACCGGUCAGCCCGAGUCCGGGCACCCCGCAAGCGGGCGGCGUAGGACACAGAGCGCCUGCGCAGGACAUCUUGCAGAUUAAUAUGUGCGCUGACGACGAAGAAUGCGGCGCGGAGGAAUUCUGCAAUGACGUCCGAGGCGUGUGUCAGGCGUGCCGCAAGAACCGGAAAAGAUGCGGGAGGGACGCUGUGUGUUGCGCCGGAAGUCGCUGCAGCAACGGUGUUUGUCAGACUAAUGAGUUAGAUACCCUGGAUGUUAAGGCUUGGCACGUGCACAAAAACAACACGAUGGAGCUUAAAAAGACAAUCACUUCACUCCAAGCCCACACUGUAAAAGGUCAAGAAGGCGACACGUGCCUGCGCUCGUCAGAUUGCCAAGAAGAUCUUUGCUGCGCCCGCCACUUCUGGUCACGCAUUUGCAAGCCGGUGCUGAGUGAGGGCCAGGUGUGCACGCGCCACCGCCGCAAGGGCGCGCACGGGCUGGAGCUCUUCCAGCGCUGCGACUGCGGCGACGGCUUGGCGUGCCGGCCCGAGCGGGGCCAGCGGGAGCGCCGCGCCGCCGCCAGGACAGCCGCCCGCAACCUGCACACCUGUCAGAGACGCUGA